AUGAGCCAGCAGUAUGCCCAGGCGGCCAAGAAGGCCAGUGGCAUCCUGGCCUGUAUCAAAAUCAGUGCGUCCAGCAGAAAUAGGGAAGUUAUUGUGCCACUGUACUUGGCCCUGAUAUGCAGCACGAUAGGACAGAAGGAGCCCCUGCCCGCCAGGCGCUGGCUCCGCAGCCGCGGCCUUGAGCCGACAGCCAUCCAGCGGCCGGGCAGGCCGGAGGGCACAGCGGCCAGGCUGAGCCGGGCGCUCCUGCACCGGCUGCCACCUGGGCUGCCCAGCCCGCGCCCGGGCCGCCUCGGCGAUUCUAAGGUGCCCCUUGCUACUCACUCGGAUGUGCGCAAACGCAGACAUCAGCAUGUAAACUACCAGAGGCUGCUUCACAUGGAAUUAAGCGAGCUCUACCCUCUGGGGCCACGCCCUGAGACUUUUGCUCCCCUCCUAAUCACGCAGUUAGCAGAUGCUGGUACUAAACCUGGGAGGGUUUUUGCGAAGGGCAGCUACCGCAGCGAAAGCCGCCGCAUUCCGGGGAAGGCUGAGCAGAAAUGGACCAGCGUAGUGCUUACCAGGGUCCCGGGGCUCGCCACGGGAACCUGCGGGCGAAGCUCCGGCAGUUCCGCUAACACUACCGACUCUGGCCAAGUCCGGCGGCCGUGCAGCGCCACAGUCGCGCUCCUCGGACUGCCUCUGAGACCGGCCACACGGCAGCCAGCCGACUGCCUCGGGGCGGGCGAUGGGUUAGCAGCAUUGACUGGGAGAGGCUGUGGCACCUGCAGUUUGAAUCCAUACAUCCCUUAUAGCCGCGGAGUGCCGUCAGUGGCGACUGCGGAUUUUCAUUUGUUUUACUUAGGUUCAGGACCCAUCUGUGCUCUACAGUGUCCUAAAAUCGUGAAGUAGAUGGAGGUGAGACCCCGGCUUAGCAUCUGAAGGGCAACACCCUGAUGAAAUUCCACGUAGGGAUCUGAUCUAAAACGGCAUUUUAUACUGGUCAAUACUUGUAUUGGUAUCAGAGAUAUGAAAAAUAAUCGCCUGAGUAGUUGUUUGACUAGUUCAGUAUAUUCUUCAUGAAGUAUCCAAAUUCACACCCUAGAUGCAUGAAUUAACCUUCUGCAGUUUUCAAGCUUAAUUUCUCCACCCCACCCCGCAAAUGUAGACCACACCCCCAAGCGUUCCCUGUCAAGAGCCGCAAAUCCAAUCAAGACUGGUCCCAAGGUGCAAUUUGCACCCUGCAACUCUGCCAUCACAGUUUUAACCCUCAAUUUAUGAGCAGCCACUGGCUGCUGUGCUAAGCCUCACCAGUCCUUACUUUCCAGUGAAGUCUUCAGCCAGACAAGGAGAAUUUCUUUCCCAAUGAUGUGAGGGUGAUUUUGCUGCUUCCUGCUCCUUUGUGCUUUCACACAAUUGCAAUUUGUCUAAAAUCGAGGAGUGGCUGUUGGCACCCAUUUUGUCACCCAAAGAGAAGGUUACCUCUGGCAUCUGGUUGAUAAUGGGUAGGCAAAAUUUUGUUGUGGGUCCUCCUGAGGUUGCUGCUGCUCUCACUGUGGCAGGUGUGGAUGUGUUUCUUCUGGGAAGUUCAGGAAAGUAUGUCAGACCCAUUCCCCAGCUAAAACGCUGAAUCCACUGUGAGAUAUAGAAAGUUGACCCUUGCUCUGUAGACCCCGUAUAUACCCCUGUUCUCCCAUUUCUUUCUAAUUUGUUGUAGGACUUGUACUGGCAACCUAUUACAGAAGCAUCAAUCACAUCAGCUCCUAAAAUGGCUUGUUAGACUGCUGCACUGUUACAUGCAAUUUAAGUGAUUUGGAGGAAGAGGUUUUAGAAGCAAACAGUGCUGCUGAAAUUGCCUGGAGCCAGUUUGAUUGAUUUUCAAGUAUGCAGAAGCAAAGUAACAAGUAUAAACUGACCGGCAGAAUACAGUGUUUGGCACUAUGCAGAAAAUGCCA